AUAUCUAAAGUAUAUAUAUAUAGAUCGGCAGAUCGUGUAUACAAAAAAUAAGAGGAUAUCUUGAACCCCCGAAAUCCGAACCAGCAAAAAGUGCCUGUAUCUACUAUUUUUGGAUUACAUUUAUCAUUUUUUUUGUGGAUAUCUACAACACGAGAACAACCCAGAAGCAGAGAAAGGAUUAUAUCUAGCGGAUAUAUACUUUGAUUUAUUACGGAAUAAAUUGCACGGAUUGCUAUUGAAAAUCAAUAUAGCAAUCGUCGCAAAAAAGGCAAACACUGCAAAAGGAUGAAGGCAAAUCGAGCUAAUUCCGAGGGCAGAAAUUACCAUCGAAGGCAUUGAGUGAUCAGCGAGCGAGAGAGAAACGAUCGAGAGAAAGAAUAUAAAUAUAUGCCAUAGAGCCAUAGAGAGGGAGAGAGAGAGCUCUGGAGGCAGAGGUGGCGGUGGAGACGGGAGUGGAGUGGACGAGAAGUGUGAGAGUGUAGAAGGAGCGGAGCGGUAGCGGGGGAGUAUUGGAGUACAACACUACAUGGAUCGCAGAAAUGGCGGCGAUCCCUUGGCGCCACCCCGGCCCCCGAAGCUAUUACCGCGCGUGCAUCGACCAAGGGCGCCGGAGCCGACACUAAGUGGUGUCCAAGGUGGAGCAGCAUCCGUGGCAACCACAGCAAACCACAAUAAUAAUUCACAGCAGCAACAACUUAGUAUUAACACAGCGACGACGACAGCGACGACGACGAUAAACAAUAACACGAUAUCGAUAAUACCCGCAUCAACGCUUUCGGCCGAUUACGAUUCCGAUUAUCAGAUCCAUCAUCUGACAUUUCUGCCACAGCGACCGAGCAGCUUGAGUCGCAACAGCAGCAACGCCUCAUCGUCGACAGCGACAGCGAAUAGCAGCAGCACGGGCACAGGCACGGGCACAGGCACGGGCACGGGCACAGGCUCGGGUUCCAUUUCCGUAUCCGGUUCGAGCUUUCGCCGACGUCCGCCAGCACCGGCGCCGCUGCUGAGCUUAGCAUCUGCGGCGGAGAACAACAACUUCCUUAGUCAUUUCCAACAAACCAGCGCUGAGCAACCAGUGCCCCAGUCUCCAGUCACACUGGCGCAACCGCGACCCGAGUCCGAGAGGCUAACGAACGAGUAUGUGGACACGCCGCUGCAGCAUGCCACGCGCAUGCAGCAUCCGGCUGGGCAGCAGGACAAUGGCCAAACGACAACGCAUCAUUUGCUGUUGCUGCCCCAAAGGCAGCAGCAUCAUCAGCAGCAUCUGCAGCACCUGCAACACAAUCCCCCGCAUCAUCAUCAGCAAUCCUCCUUUGCCCAGCAGCAGCAGCAGCCUCAUGUCCGAUUGGGAGCGACGUCGACGACGGGUGCGACGACGGGUGCGACGCAGGGCGGAGCAGGAGCAGGAGCAGGAGGAAUCGAUCAUACCGAUGGCUUAUUACAUUCACAUUUGCACUCCACAACGCCAGCGCAACAGCAACAGCAGCAGCAGCAUCACCUAAGCAAAGGACAACCCGCCACAAAGCCACGACUGGGUCUGGGAUUGGGUUUGGGUCUGGGUCUGUCACAGCAGCCCAUUACGCAACCCAUCAUCACGAAGCAGCCGACAGCCACAACACCCGCCACGCAGACACAGACCAGCAAGGAGCAUAUGCACGCGUUGGAGGAGCUGCUGCAGGCACAGCCCGGCAGCGGAGGCGGCGCCGGACCCAUUGUCAUGGGCGGCGAUCCCACGCUAAUGAUACCCAUUGUGUGUCCACGCUGCGGCCGCUGUCGCUGCGAGCAGUGCCAGAGUCCGCGUCCGCUGCCACAGACCUGGGUGUGCAACAAGACGUGCCUGUGCAGUGCCGAGUCCAUCAUCGAUUAUGCCUCCUGUCUGUGCUGCGCCAAGGCGUUGUUCUACCACUGUGCGCGGGACAACGACAUGGACUGCGACGAUGGCAAUGGCACGCCCUGUGUGGACAAUCCCUGCUCCUGCGGCCCCUACAAGCGCACCCAGAGAUGGGGCUGGCUGGGCGCACUGUCGAUUGUGCUGCCCUGCCUCUGGUGCUACUGGCCGAUGCGGGGAUGCAUGAAGCUGUGCGAGAAGUGCUACGGCAGGUUUGCGGGACGCGGUUGUCGCUGCCAGGGCGUGGGUGGUGCUGGAGGUGGUGGCAUUGGUUCCACCAGCAGCAUGCUGCCGAUUGUGCCACUGGGCGUGAAUGGCGCCAAUGGCGGACUCGGCGGUGGCCUCAAUGGGGCCAACAAUGGCGGGCAGAUCGGAGGUGUGGGCAUGGGACCCUUGAGCCAGGCCAAUGGCAAGGCCAUUGAUCAUGGCUGCAGUGCGGCCGCCAGUCGUAUCCUUCGCAAAGGCGACCUCACACCCGAGAAGCGACUCCUCGACUCCAGUCCGGACUAUUAGAAAUUGAAAGAGGGCAAGUCCCGUGUUCUGUGUGUGGUUUUUUCCCUAGCCGAAAAAACCCCAACACAGGGCCAAGAAAAUUCAACAAGAAGGAGCUGGAAUCUGGACAAAAAUCGUGGUGGAACCCAAACCCCUAAAAAUAAAUAUACGCGAGUAAAGAAAAUAUUUAAUAUAUGAAAUA